GACCACAGAGCGGCCACUCGCUGACAACUUCCUCGCCCCUUCUUCCUCCUAACCCGGACGUGGCUUCUCGAAAGCCACGGGGAGUCGACUGUCGUUUACCGUUUUUGUGUAUUUUUUUUUUUUUUAAUCAGCGAGCAGAACCGGGCACGAUGCAGGCACCCGGUACUGCUUCUGGAGCCCGGGCACAGGUGGAUUCCCGCCCCAGAAGAGCGAUGGCGAUGCGGCACGGCAGCGUCUAAAGACCCGCCUCUGUCCGCGGAGCACCAGCGUUAGCAGGCUAGCGUUAGCCACCUAGCAUUAGCGAGCUAACGGAACCAGCCCAUCAGUGUGUGUGGUGUAGACGUCACCUUUGCCUUCCAUUCUCAACGACCAAAUGGCAGCCGGAUAAGACGUCCUUGUGGAUAUAUCAUUAUUUAUUCCUCACGCCAUGUUCCUCGUCGAGUAUUAACCCGGACGGUCAUGCCUCUCCUUUCCACGUUCACCAGCCUCUCCUCCACCGAGGAACCACUUCCUCUUUCGCUUUCCCAUCCGGCCGUCAGCAGCAUGAGAUAAUAAAGUGCACCAGCUGCCGCACGCCGCUACAUACGACACCCGCGGCGCUUGUGAAGACGCCGCCCUCCUCCUCCCCCGUGCCUCGCUAAGCCCCCGCCCCCAGCAGCCUCGCCAUGACCACGCCGGCGCUCCUGCCGCUGUCGGGCCGCAGAAUACCCACGCUUUCGCCGGGCGCCUCCUCCUUCCCGCACCACCGGGCCACCCUGAGGCUCUCGGAGAAGUUCAUCCUCCUGCUCAUCCUCAGUGCCUUCAUCACGCUGUGCUUCGGCGCCUUCUUCUUCCUACCCGACAACUCCAAGCACAAGCGCUUCGACCUGGGCCUGGAGGACGUGCUCAUCCCGCACGUGGACUCGCCCAAGGAGGGCAAGCACGCCUCGGGACAGGUGGUCAUACACGGGCAGGGAGGACACGACGAGCACAGGCACAGGGAGGACGAGGAGAGCCUCCGGAACAAGAUCCGUGCAGACCACGAGCGAGCUCUGCAGGAGGCCAAGGAGAAGCUGCGGAAGUCGCGCGAAGAGCUUCAGGCCGAGAUCCAGACGGAGAAGAGCAAGGUGGUGCAGGACCUGAAGAAGAAGAAGGAGGCGGCGCCAAAGCCUCUGCCGCCCGUGCCCAUGCCCAAGGUGGUGGGCGUCAUUGACGGCGAGCCUCUGGAGCCGGACGUCAAAGAGAAACGCGACAAGAUUCGUGAGAUGAUGAAGCACGCGUGGGACAGCUACCGGCAGUACGGCUGGGGCCACAACGAGCUGAAGCCCCUGGCCAAGAAAGGACAUUCCACCAACAUCUUCGGUAAUUCCCAGCUCGGUGCGACCAUCGUGGACGCCCUGGACACCCUGUACAUCAUGGGCCUGCACGAGGAGUUCAAGGACGGACAGGAGUGGAUCGAACAGAACCUGGACUUCGGCGUGAAUGCCGAGGUGUCCGUGUUUGAGGUCAACAUCCGCUUCAUCGGAGGCUUGCUGGCGGCGUACUACCUGUCGGGGCAGGAGAUGUUCAAGCUGAAGGCGGUCCAGCUGGCCGAGAAGCUCCUCCCCGCCUUCAACACCCCCACAGGGAUCCCCUGGGCCAUAGUCAACCUGAAGAGCGGCGUCGGGCGUAAUUGGGGUUGGGCGUCCGCUGGCAGCAGCAUCCUGGCCGAGUUCGGAACGCUGCACAUGGAGUUUGUACACCUCACCUACCUGACGGGAAACCCCGCCUACUAUCAGAAGGUGAUGCACAUUCGAAAGCUGCUGGCCAAAAUGGACCGUCCCAACGGACUCUACCCCAACUACCUGAACCCUCGCACCGGCCGCUGGGGCCAACAUCACACGUCGGUCGGAGGGCUGGGGGACAGUUUUUACGAGUACCUGCUGAAGGCCUGGCUCAUGUCGGACAAGACGGACACGGAGGCCCGCAAGACGUACGACGACGCCAUCGAGGCCAUCGAGCGGCACCUGAUACGCAAGUCCAAUGGCGGCCUGACGUUCAUCGGCGAGUGGAAGAACGGCCACCUGGAGAGGAAGAUGGGACAUCUGGCGUGCUUCGCCGGCGGCAUGUUCGCUCUGGGCGCAGACGGCUCGCCCGAUGACAAGGCGGGGCACUGGCUGCAGCUGGGCGCCGAGAUCGCCCACACCUGCCACGAGUCCUACGACAGGACAGUGGUGAAGUUGGGUCCCGAGGCCUUCAAGUUCGACAGCGGCCUGGAGGCGGUGGCGGUGCGUCAGAACGAGAAGUACUACAUCCUGCGGCCGGAGGUGAUCGAGACCUACUGGUACAUGUGGAGGUUCACCCACGACCCCAAAUACCGCCAGUGGGGGUGGGAAGCGGCACAGGCCAUAGAUAAGUACUGCAGGGUGAGUGGCGGCUUCUCGGGGAUGAAGGACGUCUACUCCUCCAACCCGACCUACGACGACGUGCAGCAGAGCUUCUUCCUGGCUGAGACGCUCAAGUACCUCUACCUGCUCUUCUCCAACGACGACCUGAUGUCUUUCGAAAGCUGGGUCUUCAACACGGAGGCUCACCCGCUUCCCGUCCUGCACCUGGGCAACAUCACCUUGCCGGGCAGCGAGCCGGCCCAGCAGUAAAUGCGCUCCCCUCCCCCCUCCCGCCACACAACACUGGACCAUCAGGUGGACCACUGAGGAGCAGAGGACACCCUGGGAACUUCUUGUCCUUUCUUCUUCUCAUUUUCAGCGGACUAUUUGACAUUUGAGCAAACUCUUUGUCUACUGUCUUGUACAUGAAGACCGCCCCCCCCCCCCCCCCCCCCAACCUCCAGUCACAUGAUCUGCCACAGACUUGGGGGCGGGGCCUGAGCUGCUGCCAUCCUCCUUUUCUCGAGAGACGUGGAUUAUUCCAAGUGGACCACUUCUUAAAACAAGUCUGCCGUGUGACUCGCUACAUCGUACCUCCCCCCCAAGAAAAGCUUUCUGACGCCAACUUUUAGCUUUGUUCCCGUUAGCUUCCGAUCUUUUGCGUACGAUCAUCGCAAUCAUCGGACGUUUAAAGUUCUCGUCUUAUCACGAGCGUUCUGAAAUGAAGUAAAUCUAACUUCUCGUGUCGCGACAGCUAGCGCUUAAUUUCUGUUGAUAUCAUCAUUGUUUACGUCCCACCAAAGCGUCCUUGUUUUUCCGCUAGUUAGUACACGUUAUCCAGGAGUACUCUGCCAGCAGGCAGAUUUAUUUUUACAACGCAACUUCGUCAGAAAAAGACAAAAUGUUGCCGCAAAAGCCGACAAAUCUGCCACAUCGUCAUGUUCACGAUUGUCGAAAGAAAAAAGUAUUUGAAGGAGAUGAAGGAAAACGAGCUACAUAUAAAUAACAUCAUAAUGGGGGAAAAAAACGACUUUGUGUUUAGUUGAUGAAUUAAGGUUUUUGGUACCAGAAAGUCAAACAAACAUAUUCUACUUUUUAUCGCAAGAAGAAAACGUACUUAUUCGACUUUGUAUAACGCAAUUAUCCGUGGGAAACCUCCAUUUUUGUAAGUCGAAGAUCGUCAUCAAGGAUAAUAAUCAAGUAGUUUGCAACUUUUUAUCACAAGAAGAAAACAUACUUUCUUUUUUUUUCUGCGAUUGGUUGUAGGGAACCUUCAUUGAUCAGACAAAAGUGGGAUGAAUACGUUACUUUUUGUCUCCGGAAUUAGUUUGGCGCAAAUUUUUGACUUUAUGCCAAAUUGCACUAAACUAUCACACUUCCAAGUCGAAGAUUGUCGUCAACAAUAUUAGUCAAGAAGUUUUCAACUUUUUAUCGUACCUAUACCAUUUUUUUUUUUUUACCCAGUUGGCUGUGCUAAAUGAUCGGACAAAAACGUUACUUUUUCACUUAGGAAAUUCAUCCGGUGCAAAUUUUCGACUUUCGGUCAAAUUGAACUAAACUAUCAAACUUCUAAGUCAAAGAGCGUCAUCAAAGAAGUUUUGCAAAAAGAAAACGUACCUUUACAACUGUUUUUUGUAACGCGAUUGGCUGUGGUAAACAUUAAUUUAGCUCAUUGAUCGGACAAAAGUUGAAUGAGUACGUUACUUUUUCAUUUGGGAAUUUGUUGCGAAUAUUUGACUUUCUGCCAAAUUACACUAAACUAUCACACUUUUAAGUCGAACAUCGUCGUCAACAAUAACAGUCAAGUAAUUUGCAACUUUUUAUCGUAAGAAGAAAACAUACCUAUACAACUUUUUUUCAUUUUUUUUAUGCGAUUGGAUGUGGUAAGCCUCCAUUGAGCUAAAUGAUCGGACACAAACGUUACUUUUUCACUUAAGAAUUAGUUUGGCGCAAAUUUUUGACUUUAUGCCAAAUUGCACCAAACUGUCACACUUCCAGGUCGAAGAUUGUCGUCAACAAUAUUAGUCAAGAAGUUUUCAACUUUUUAUCGUACCUAAUACCUUUUUUUUUUUUUUACCCAGUUGGCUGUGCUAAAUGAUCGGACAAAAACGUUACUUUUUCACUUAGGAAAUUCAUCCGGUGCAAAUUUUCGACUUUCGGUCAAAUUGAACUAAACUAUCAAACUUCUAAGUCAAAGAGCGUCAUCAAAGAAGUUUUGCAAAAAGAAAACGUACCUUUACAACUGUUUUUUGUAAUGCGAUUGGCUGUGGUAAACAUUAAUUUAGCUCAUUGAUCGGACAAAAGUUGAAUGAGUACGUUACUUUUUCAUUUGGGAAUUUGUUGCGAAUUUUUGACUUUCUGCCAAAUUGCACUAAACUAUCACACUUUUAAGUCGAACAUCGUCGUCAACAAUAAUAGUCAAGUAAUUUGCAACUUUUUAUCGUAAGAAGAAAACGUACCGAUACAACUUUUUUUUUUUUUUUUAAUGCGAUUGGAUGUGGUAAGCCUCUAUUGAGCUAAAUGAUCGGACACAAACGUUACUUUUUCACUUAAGAAUUAGUUUGGCGCAAAUUUUUGACUUUAUGCCAAAUUGCACUAAACCAUCACACUUCCAAGUCGAAGAUUGUCGUCAACAAUAUUAGUCAAGAAGUUUUCAACUUUUUAUCGUACCUAUACCAUUUUUUUUUUUUAACCCAGUUGGCUGUGCUAAAUGAUCGGACAAAAACGUUACUUUUUCACUUAGGAAAUUCAUCCGGUGCAAAUUUUCGACUUUCGGUCGAAUUGAACUAAACUAUCAAACUUCUAAGUCAAAGAGCGUCAUCAAAGAAGUUUGCAACUUUGUUUCGCAAAAAGAAAACGUACUUUUACAACUUUUUUUUAUAACACGAUUGGCUGUGGUAAACAUUAAUUUAGCUCAUUGAUCGGACAAAAGUUGAAUGAGUACGUUACUUUUUCAUUUGGGAAUUUGUCCGUUGCGAAUAUUUGACUUUCUGCCAAAUUGCACUAAACUAUCACACUUUUAAGUCGAACAUCGUCGUCAACAAUAAUAGUCAAGUAAUUUGCAACUUUUUAUCGUAAGAAGAAAACGUACCGAUACAACCUUUUUUUUUUUUUUAAUGCGAUUGGAUGUGGUAAGCCUCCAUUGAGCUAAAUGAUCGGACACAAACGUUACUUUUUCACUUAAGAAUUAGUUUGGCGCAAAUUUUUGACUUUAUGCCAAAUUGCACUAAACUAUCACACUUCUCAGUCAAAGAUCGUCGUCAACGAUAGUAGUCAAAUAGUUUGCGACUUUUUUUCCCCAAAAAGAAAACGUACCUAUUUAAUUUUUUGUAACGCGAUUGGAUGUGGUAAACCUUAAUUUAGCUCAUUUAUUGGACAAAAGUUGAAUGAGUACGUUACUUUUGAUUGACGGGAAUAUUUGACUGACUGACGAAUUGCACUAAACUAUCACACUUCUAAGUCAAAGAUCCUCAACAAUAAUAAUCAAGUAGUUAGUAACGUUUUAACGUAAAAACAAAAUGUUCCUAUAUAACUUUUUUUCCCGCACAAUUGGCAGUAGGAAACCUUUGUUUAGCUCAUUGAUCGGACUUUUUCACUUAGGAGUUCAUCCGGGGCAAAUUUUUGACUUUCUACCAUAUUGCACAAAACGAUAAUAAACAAUUAGUUUGCAACUUUUUUUUUUGCAAAAAGAAAACGUACAUAUUUCAUUUUUAGUAACGCAAUUGGCUGUGGUAAUCCUUAAUUUAGCUCAAUGAUCGGACAAUGAUCCGUCCAGCGCAAAUAUACGACUGACUGCCAAAGUGUACUAAACUAUCACACUUCUUAGUCGAAGAUCGACAACGACAAUAAUCAAGUAGUUUGCAACUUUUUAUCGCAAGAAGAGAACGUACCUACACAACUUUUUUUUACGUGAUUGGAUGUGGUAAACCUUCAUUUAGCCAAUAAUCGCUGCUACGCUGUUCUACAACACGACGUCGGAGCUACGAAGUAAUGGGAUGGAAAACGGUAACAAAGAUGCGAAACUAACUUCAUGUUGUAUGCCACUUUUCAUUGCAAGAAGAAAAUGUCCUUAUUCAACUUUUGGCUGUAGAAAACCUUCAUUUAGCUUAUUGAUCGGGCAUAAGUCGGAUGAGUAUGUUACUUUUUCACUUAGGAAUUCGUCCGGGGCAAAUAUUCGACUUUCUACCAAAUUGCACUCAACUAUCACAUUUCUAAGUCGAAGAUCAUCAACGAUAUUAAUCAAGUAGUUUGCAACUUUUUAUCGCAAGAAGAAAACAUAUCUAAAAAAGAAAAUUGCGCGAUUGGCAGUAGGAAACCUGCAGUUAACUCUUUGAUUGGACAAAAACGUUGCAUUAUCGCUUAGGAAUUUGUUCGGUGCAAAUUUUUUGAUUUUCUGCCAAAUUACUACUAACUCGAAGAUGGUCAUCAACGAUAGUAAUCAAAUGGUUCGCAACAUUUUUUCGCAAGAAAAAACGUACCUAUUCAAAUUUUUGUAACGCGAUUCAUUUAGCUGAUUUAUCGGACAAAAGUUGAAUGAGUACGUUACUUUUUUGCGUAGGAAUUAGUCCGGCGUGAAUAUUUGACUGACUGCCAAAUUGUACUUAACUAUCACACGUCUUAUUUGGUAAGCAAGUUUUAUCGUGACGUUACGUCACUACGUCAGAGCUAAGAAGUAACGGGAGAUUGAAAACUUACUAAGCUAACUUCAUGUCGUACGCGGUUGUGUCAUGUGACACUUGUGUAAAUAACGGCGAUACCUGCUUUUGGCGGGACGGCAUUACUGGGAUCAGCUUGCGUGGAUGAUGGCUUCUGUUGUGAAAUGAUCGUUGUUGUUACGAAGUGAGACAAAGUUAAGUUUACAUGCAGAAUUCAUUGUGAAAGUUGGAAAAAAAGCCUCCGUUUUUUGUUUUUUUGACGUUUCCUUCGUCCUCCUCUUCCUCCGUCAUCCCCCAGCGAGCCAGGAGCCACGUGGACUGUUUGUAUUUUUACUCGACUACAAAGGAAAGUAUUGUAAAUAUGUUUGAAAAGUCCUACACAAAUUCAAUAAAGACGUUGCUACGAGCGAGGAGGAACGUC